GCCGUCGUCAUCAUCUGUACGCACGGCGGCGACGGGACUUCUUGAAUCGGCAGGGACUGGUCUCCCACCGCUAUUCUGUCUCAAUGCGAAGAGAAAACACUGACAGAAAGUAGGAGCGUACCAGCGAAUUUCCCCACGAAAGUCUCUCUGGGAACUCCGAUGGAUUAAUCUGAUUUUUCUGCGUGGCUCCCUUCUUCUAGUCAGUUAGGUGUGGAGCAAAUAUUGUAUGGGGCUGGUGAAACUGAAAACGCUGUGCGCAGGAGGCGAUCUCUGUACUUGGUGGGCACGUUGUUCAGGAGGGCUUCAGAGAGUAGAGAAUGGGCUGUGUCCAAUGUAAGGAUAAAGAAGCAGCAAAACUCACUGAUGACCGGGAGACCAGCCUCUCGCACAACUCCGGAUAUCGCUAUGGAUCCGACCCCACGCCGCAGCACUACCCUAGCUUCGGGGUAACCACCAUCCCCAACUACAACAACUUCCACAGCGCUGCCACACAGGGGGUGACCGUGUUCGGGGGAGUCCACACAUCCUCGCAGUCUGGGACGCUUCGGUCCCGGGGAGGAACAGGGGUGACUCUGUUCGUGGCUCUUUAUGACUACGAAGCCAGGACUGAGGAUGACCUCAGCUUCAGGAAGGGGGAGAGGUUCCAGAUCCUCAACAGCACUGAGGGAGACUGGUGGGACGCUCGCUCUCUCAAUACAGGUGGAACUGGUUACAUUCCCAGCAAUUACGUAGCUCCGGUGGAUUCGAUCCAAGCUGAGGACUGGUACUUUGGUAAAUUAGGUCGAAAGGAUGCAGAGAGGCAACUGCUCUCCAACGGCAACGCCAGAGGCACUUUCCUCAUCCGCGAGAGUGAAACAACCAAAGGGGCCUACUCCCUCUCCAUCCAGGACUGGGAUGACAUCAAGGGAGACCACGUCAAACACUAUAAGAUUCGCAAGCUGGACAGCGGAGGCUACUACAUCACCACCAGGGCCCAGUUUGAGACGCUGCAGCAGCUAGUACAGCACUACUCUGCCAGGGCUGCAGGGCUGUGCUGCCGCCUGAUCGUGCCAUGCCACAAAGGCAUGCCUCGUCUGACUGACCUGUCCGUCAAAACCAAAGACGUGUGGGAGAUCCCGCGAGAGUCGCUGCAGCUCAUCAAACGUCUUGGAAAUGGGCAGUUUGGAGAUGUCUGGAUGGGCACGUGGAACGGCACCACCAAGGUGGCAGUGAAGACUCUGAAGCCAGGCACCAUGUCGCCCGAGUCCUUCCUGGAGGAGGCUCAGAUCAUGAAGAAGCUCCGCCAUGACAAACUCGUGCAGCUCUACGCCGUGGUGUCUGAAGAACCCAUCUAUAUCGUCACUGAGUACAUGAGCAAAGGGAGUUUGCUUGAUUUCCUUAAGGAUGGAGAAGGACGAGGCCUCAAGCUGCCAAAUCUAGUGGACAUGGCAGCUCAGGUGGCAGCAGGCAUGGCGUAUAUUGAGAGGAUGAACUACAUCCACAGAGACCUCCGCUCUGCCAACAUCCUAGUCGGUGACAGUCUGGUGUGUAAGAUCGCUGACUUUGGUCUGGCCAGGCUCAUCGAGGACAAUGAAUACACAGCAAGACAGGGUGCGAAGUUUCCCAUAAAGUGGACUGCUCCCGAGGCUGCUCUCUACGGGAAAUUCACCAUCAAGUCAGACGUGUGGUCGUUUGGCAUCCUGCUGACAGAGCUGGUGACCAAGGGCAGAGUGCCCUAUCCAGGCAUGAACAAUCGCGAGGUGUUGGAGCAGGUGGAGCGAGGCUACCGGAUGCCAUGCCCGCAGGACUGCCCCACGUCCUUGCACGAGCUGAUGGUGCAGUGCUGGAAGAAAGACCCGGAGGAGAGGCCCACCUUUGAGUACCUGCAGGCCUUUUUGGAGGACUACUUCACUGCCACUGAGCCCCAGUACCAGCCAGGGGAUAAUCUCUGAGCACCGUUGCCCUCAUCUCAUGUCAUGUCACUGGUUUUCCACCGGAGGGAGCCAGACUCCAUAUUUUCUCUCUCAUCCUGUGGCUCUAACAAUCUUAAAAAGCUCAUCGACUGACUUCUUGACUACCAAGCUUCACACACACACACACACACACACACACACACACACACACACACAGGGACACACGGCUGCUCUGUCAGCAAACUGACUAUCAAUUCAGUGGAUGUUUUUGAAGUGGGAGGGGGCUUUGAGACGACUGAAUAGUUAAAAAUGACUACCAUGGAUGAACCAGAUGAGUUGUGCAACUUGUAUGUAGUGUAAAUAUAAAUUGCUUGU